GGCGCCAAAUACUCCCAAUGUAAUCUCCCCGAUCAAUAAAGCCCCACACCACUACCAACAGCAACAAAAAUGGCUCUGUUCAACAUUACCUCUUCGUCUCUUUUGAAACCCCAAUCUCUCUUUACAGUUACGCCUUCAAAUUCUUACAACAAAAGAAUCGCACCUUUUCAAUUCCCUACUUCCUGCUCUCAAUCAAACUCUCCAUCCUCUAAUGAUCACUAUAGCGCCGAGAAAACGCCCAAGAAGAGACUAUCGGAGCAGUCAUCAUGGGAAGCCAAGGAUUCGGAGGGGAAAGAUUAUCUGUAUAGGCUGGGCAAAGAGGCUGAUAACAUGAACAUUGCUGUCGGCGCCAGAGCUGGCGUCAUCGAUCCUCUUUUCGCCGGAAAUUUCCUUGGAAAAGAUUCGGAUAUUGUGUUUGAUUACCGUCAGAAAGUGACAAGGUCAUUUGAGUAUCUUAAAGGCGAUUAUUACAUCGCUCCUGUGUUCUUGGAUAAAGUUGUAUGCCACAUUGUGAAGAACUACAUAGCUCAUCUUCUCGAUGUCAAAGUUCCUUUAAUCCUAGGUAUUUGGGGAGGAAAAGGACAAGGAAAAUCAUUUCAGACUGAGCUUAUUUUUCAAGCCAUGGGAGUUGAACCUGUAAUUAUGUCUGCUGGAGAACUAGAAUCAGAAAGAGCUGGAGAACCUGGAAAACUGAUCCGAGAACGCUAUAGAACAGCUUCUCAAGUGGUCCAGAACCAAGGAAAAAUGAGCUGUUUGAUGAUCAAUGAUAUUGAUGCUGGCCUUGGUAGAUUUGGAAACACUCAAAUGACAGUGAAUAAUCAAAUUGUUGUUGGAACCCUAAUGAAUCUGUCUGAUAAUCCUACAAGAGUGAGUAUUGGACAAGAUUGGCGAGAAUCAGAUGUCACAAAAAGAAUUCCUAUCAUUGUGACAGGAAAUGACUUUUCAAGGAUUUAUGCCCCCUUGAUUCGUGAUGGAAGAAUGGAAAAAUUUUACUGGCAGCCUAACCAUGAAGAUAUUGUGAACAUUGUUCAUAGAAUGUAUGAGAAGGAUGGCAUAUCAAAAGAUGAGGUUAUAAGCAUUGUAAACACGUUUCCUAAUCAAGGCAUGCAAAGCUAUAUCAAGAAAAAAAGGGACCAAAAGGCACUUGAGUAUAUUGUGCACCCUCAUUGUAUUUGCAGAUCAAAUGAUACAGAUUGAGAAGAUCCAUUUAGAUCAAUAAAAGCUCCAGUAAGACGCUGCUGGCUGCAGGAGCUAAGAUUUCCUCUUCAGGACAUGUAAAAUUUCAAUAUUUCAAACCCAAGCUUGAAUCGGGAAGAACAAGUGUCGUUUUCAAACUUUCUUAGCUUUUAAUAUGGUAUCGGGUUUAAUGGGAUGGCAAGAUGCCAAGGUUGACGGAAAGAUCUCUUUAAUUUUGGAGAAACUGCAGAGCUAGGAACACGAAGCAUUCUGUACUGGAAUUCACAAUGGAAUUCACAUCUGUAACCCAUAUUUGUAGGGAGAUGCAGAAACGGUACUUCUAAAGAGACACUAGUCAUCUAUAGAGAUGCAUGAUACUUCAAUCAUGAGACCCUCAGCAAUUUGAUAUUGGUGACAGGCUGUCAUUCAGAUCUUGCUUGAGUCAUAUGAACCAAACUCCUUUUAUUAUUUUCCUGUACUAGAAGGAUGCAUUUCAAACUGGGCUGACCUUCUGUCAUCGUGUAGCCACUACAAAUUGGAGUAGAUCACCGGAUACCUUCUACUUAUGAUUUGGAUAGUCUCCAUUUGCAAAAAGUUAUUACUUAUUACA